AUGGAUCACUCUCGUGUUCUGCAACUUGCGGAAGAUGCGGCGUAUGUCACCAAGGAGCUGAUCAUUGAUAGACUACGAUGGGACGAACCAAGGGCGCAGGCUGUGCUCGAUCAUCUCGUCAAAGAAGGUUUAGCCUGGGUAGACGAACAAGCCACUGAUACCAUUCAGUAUUGGGUACCAUCCUUAUUUCUACAGCAAUAUUGUCACUCGUCGAGUAGCACCAGCGUCUCGGAAAGUCUACAAAGCAUGAGUGCUUAUUAA